CUGUCAAUGCUUGUUGGCCGCAGCAGUCAGCGUAGCUCAAAAAAUUAAAAAAAAAUAUAUAAAAAUUGCAGCUUAAGUAGUUAAUAAAAAUUCCGAAAACACAGCAUAAAGGCUCUGGAGCCAGAGCUUAGAUUUCUUUUGCAGCCCAAUCCCCAACCAAAAUUCCAGUAAGUAGCGCUCUCUGCCGCAGACUCUGCCACAAGCGAACGUGCCACACGCGCCUCUCGAUAUGUCCGAACUGCAAGCGUCGCUGCUGCUCAAGCGACAGCUGGCCGAACUGCAUCGCAAUCCGGUCGAGGGCUUCUCCGCUGGUCUGAUCAACGACGAGGACAUUUUCCAAUGGGAGGUCGUUAUCAUUGGCCCUCCCGACACGCUCUAUGAGGGCGGUUGCUUCAAGGCGCAUCUAAUCUUUCCCAAGGAGUAUCCGCUGCGGCCGCCGCGCAUGAAGUUCGUCACCGAAAUCUGGCAUCCGAACAUUGAAAAGAACGGAGAUGUUUGCAUUUCGAUAUUGCAUGAGCCCGGCGAUGAUAAGUGGGGCUAUGAGAAAGCCGAGGAGCGCUGGCUGCCCGUGCAUACAGUGGAGACUAUUUUGCUGUCGGUCAUAUCUAUGCUAACCGAUCCCAAUGAUGAGUCUGCGGCGAAUGUGGAUGCGGCCAAGGAAUGGCGUGAUAAUUACGCGGAAUUUAAGCGCAAAGUUUCGCGCUGUGUGCGGCGCAGUCAGGAGGAAGUAUAACGGUCAACACACACACAAACACAUGUACACACACACACACACGCACACACGUAGAUGAAUAAAUAAAGUAAGCUAGCAUCCAGGGCAGCUGGCAGUCGGCGAAAGUGUCAAAA